AUGAUCAACGAAUUCUAAUCUCAUUAAGGCAAAUAAUAGUUUAAAAUCUAAUCUUAUCUACAAGGAAGAAUAUUCAGAGCUAAAAAAUUGAAUAAUAGCUUCUUGUUUCAUAAUUCUAGAACGAUAGCGUUACUCAACAACGGAAUGCUUGUUUACUAUUCAAAAUGUUUCAAAUCCUCCUAAUAAAGUGCAAAUAUCAUUUAAUCGAAACCUAAAUAUGGAGUAUAUUUCAACAAUGUACUUCAUUCAUGUGUCAAAAUUUCUGAAUAAGAAGUUGAAUUAAUUGUCAAGUUUAAAAAGUCCUAAUUAUACUAAUUUGAUGAUUACUAAUUUAGUUAUGUAAAAGAGUCUAGAUCAUAAGACAUUGUUCUUUGGAUCUUUCUCAUCCCAAUAUAACAAUUACUUUAAAAACAAAAUUGUGAUAUUUUAAAGGGAAGGGACAGUUUAAAUUCUUUAUCUAACUUUUAAAUGGUCUGCGUUGAAGAAAAAACUCAAAAAAGUAAUUAUUAACAGGCCAAAACAGAGAAAACAUCCAUAGAACAAAGAAUAAAUACAACUGAUUUAAAAAAAAAAAAAAAAGUGUAAUGGCUUGAUAAUUUUUCUUAAUAAUAGAUUAAAGAAGCAAACACAUAGAAUAAUUUAUCCUAUUAGAUCACACAAAAUAGUAAAUAAAUUGAAUCUGAUGAUUAAUGGGAAAUAAAUGAAGAAAAAACUGAUGUAACUAUUGAGAACAUUUAUAUAAGAAGGCUUUCUUUUCACUUAAAUGGAUCCAAUAAAAAUAUUAAACUAGAAUGA